UUGAAGUCCCGAAAUGUUUCUCCCAUCUUUUCUGACAAAGACAUCUGCUGCGUCUGUUGCAGGACCGGGCUCCAUCCGGGAUUUGUUUACAAGCAACCAUGGAAUCGACACUCGACAGAACAGGCCAUGGCGCGGCUUCUCUCAUCGACUAUGAAAUCCUGCGCCUGAAACGCGAGCUAGGAUCCGACGACGUCAAAGGGCACUCGUGCGAGCAGUGCAAUAGCUUCAGGAUCAGGCCGCUUGUUGACCACAUCUCGGACUGGAAGCAGAACAUAAAAUACAAGUUCUCUGAAAUUGACACGACCGGGAGGAAAGUGCGAGACCUUGCUGAGGCUGGGUGUGAUUUCUGGAUCAUGAUUCGAGACCAGCUUAUCUAUAUCGGCUUGGAGGCGAUGAUAAGAAGGCGGAAGAAUAAAAUCGCUCUCGGCUCCAAGAUUCACCAUGGCCCGUCUCUGGAUGAUUAUUGGCAGUAUUUCGCUGUAUCGUUUGGGUGGGAAGACGAGCAGGAGUUCCGGCGUCUCUACCGCCAAAGAGGUGUCUCCUGGAGCUUCUCAGCGGGAGCAACUGUUGAAGCCCCUGUCACCGAGACAGAUUUCGUGCGUAUCAAAUUGGGAUACUCAUACGUGGGUUAUUUGAUGAAAGAAAGACCAGUCACUGCAUUAGUCGAGUUGAUUGUGCCGAGGGAGGCUGCUGGGACUGGUUCUUCUAUUUGGGUACCCCGGCGUACCGAUGGCGCACUCCCCUUGGUUCAAUACCGGACGGAGUUCUUGGCUUUGAAACUUCCAGAUGUUGCGAGAAAUCUCUUCAGUGGCCCUAUUAACCUGAUGCCCCAGAAUCCUUCCUCGGUGGCACUGAUCAAGCAAUGGUUGAAAAAGUGCGAGGUAGAACAUGGGUGUGGAAUAGGCCUUCGCCCAAGUCAGAUGCCAUCCAUGGUCCUUGACGUUUCCGAUCAAGACAAAAUCAAACUGGUCAAAGUCCAUGAAGACCUCAGGGAGCGAUAUAUAUCUCUGUCAUAUUGCUGGGGGAAAAGAUCGCAAAGGAUCAUGCUGAGCAGAAGCAACCGAACUGUUCUGGCCUCUGGAGUCAGCGUGCAACAGCUAGAUCCCACCAUUCGAGACAGCGUUAUAGUCACGAGGCAGCUUGGGUUCAAGUAUCUCUGGGUCGAUGCCCUUUGUGUCUUCCAAGAUGACGAAGCUCUCAAAGCCAGGGAGCUGGGCCGGAUGGGUGAGAUCUACCGAAAUGCCACCCUCACGAUUGUAGCAUCUGCGGCGAAGGAUGUCCAGAAGGGGUUUCUGUCCAAGCGAAAAUCGACGUUAAAGAGAACCAGCUUUGAAUUUGGACGGCCUGGAUUGGUGUUCGAAGUACAGCUGGAGGGCGACAAAGAGCAAUCUGUGCAGGCAUUGCCUGUAAUUCUCAGGCCUAAUGAACUCGACACAGUGGAGCCUUGGUACGAGAGGGCGUGGACGCUUCAAGAGAUGCUCUUCUCCGGCCGUCGACUCCAAUACCGCGCCAACCAGACGACCUGGAGCUGCCAUUGCUCAGAGACAGUGGCUCAACAAAGCGACGGAUGGGUUGGCGGCAGAGUGAGCAGUUACACCAAUUAUUCCGAUGCAUCAAAGAUUGUGGGGAACACCAUGGCGAUAUUGCGAAAAGGUGACAUUAUUUUCCCGAGCGCUACAGUUCUCGCAACAUGGUACGGCCUUGUGGAAGUUUACACCAAGCGAAAGUUGACAUAUCCUACCGACCGACUGCCUGCGAUCUCGGGAAUAGCGAAACACUUCGAGUCGGUGUUGGGGGACCAAUACAUUUGUGGGCUUUGGGAGUCCGACCUGCCCUCGGGUUUGGUCUGGUACUCCAUCAAGUCUGCGGGAAACUCGCCUGGCCCGAAGUCACGGCCGUCGUGGAGCUGGGCGUCUCGCGAAGGAGGAGCAGGUUGGUGGAGACACAUGCUGAGGCACUGGUGGCGGAACCCAGAUUUCGAGGUUCUCGGAAUCACAGUUGAUCUUGCAUCGGCAAGCGAGCCACUCGGCAAGGUCCGAACAGCCGAGCUCUAUGUUCGUGGCGUACUCCAAUCAUUCUCUUCCUUUCAGAGUCACUUUUGGAGAGACAAAGUGGCGGAGAACUUGGAGGAUCACAUGGGGGGGUAUUUGAUCUUUGACGAUGACAAUGAUCCGAGGGUCCAGCCAGGCUCGAGAUCAAAUCUGAGGUUGCUGGUCGUAGUUAACGGCAGCCGGUUUUUGGGUGGGAUUGUGUUGGUGGGGGAAGAGGACGAGAGGAGAUUUUCCCGCGUUGGUUGCUUCCACGUAGACAAUAUCUGGCUGGACAUGCCCGGGCCGCAACCUGUUCAGACUGAUGAGAGGGGACGAGGGAGGAGAUCUGUGGAAGAGUGCAAAGCCCGCAUUCGUGAUCUUUGGGGUGGCGAGGAAAGCAUUCAAGAGCUUGUGCUGGUCUAGGCAUCUGCAUCAUGUAUUAGCAGCAGCGAUCCAUGACUUCCUGAUUCGGAUGAGGGUUGGGCUCCUGCCCAAUCGCACGCACUGGGACUUCUGGC